AUGUUGCCCGUUUCACGACCGGAGGGACACAUGAACCUCAAUUACAUCCCGACCACGCAGUCGAUGUCGGGCACUUCGACGGGGCGCAGUUCCCCGAGCGAUCUGUCCUCAUCCGCCGUGAAGUCGCCUUUUGGGUCCUCGAACGGGCUAAAUGGCGCCGCCGGGUCGAUUGGAAGCGCGAGGUUAGGGGCUGGAUCCCCUUCUCAUGACCUUGGUGCUCGCCUGUACUCAAAGAGAGCACGAGAGAUCCAAGCCGAAGAAGGCGUCUCCCCAAGUAUCUGGGGCCCUCCCACCAGCGGUCAUUCCACCCCUCUUCGCGAGAACAUUCCUGAAUCCCCAAGCCAAGAAGGUUUCCCGGACCUGGUCCCUACCUCCAGUGGCUCGAUUAGCAGCCCUGGCCGGAGAGCUCGAGCUGGCACCGUUCCCUCCAGAUUUUCGCCCGUUGGUGUGCUCAACGAGGCGAACCUCCAACAGCCUUUCAUGCCCCAGACCUCCCGACCCACACCUUCGACGAGCCCUUUUCGCCCGACCGGCGUUUCCGGAGUUGACACGGGCGCGGCAACUGCAACCGCCACCGCCGGCCCCCGGGGUACGGGAUCUUUAUCUCGUCUUCGAGCGGGAUCCAUGCCGCAGAGGACCAACUACUUGGGGUCUUCCAGUCCCUUCGGGCCCUCUUUGUUCUCCACGAACUGGUCUACCGGCCGCGAGAGAGCCACUACCCUGACGAGCAUCCGCUCCUCUGAAGGACCUGCCUCUCCUAGCCAGUCCUCCUUCUCCAGAGACGGGCUUGCAGACACCGACGUGAAGACGCUGGACUAUCUGGGUCUCGCCGAAACCCCGCAACAAGCACGAGCCACUCUUGUGCGACCCCCGGUGGAUGUCCUUCUCCAACAGCAACAGCAACAACAACAGCAGCAGCAGCAGCAAGCGUCCUCUCUGCCCCCGCUCUUGGCGGAGCUGGCCAUGAUGAAGAGCAACAACAGAAUUCGGUCCUAUUCCGUGAAUGCCAAGGAGAAAUAUGCUGAUGACGAGGAUCUUGAGUAUGAAAGCCGCUACUCACAGAUCCCAUCGGGCACCGUCACGCCGUCCGCUGCUGCAACGGCUGCUCAGCUUGCUGCCACCCAGGCCCAGAUCCACCAGCACAAUCUCGCCGUGCAAGCGUUCGCAAAUCACGCGUCUGUCAACCGACCCCGGGCCCGGACUGCCGGCAUUUUGGAGGCACCCCCUCAACGAUCUUCGAUUCGCAAUUACCUUGCCACUCCCUCGCGCCUCGAAAAUAGCUUCAGUGCUGCGGAUCUCAACAUCGCAGAGAGUGGAGAGUACGAUGAGCUGUCGGAAGCUGUACAAAUGAUGCAGCUUGGAGGAAGCGGCGCUGGCAACCUGGGAAUCCGGCCGGGCAUGGACGUGACGGAUGAGAGCAACCAGGACGGACCGACCCGCGCUCUGUGGAUUGGUAGCAUCCCGGUCUCGACUACUAUUACCUCGUUGGCAGCCAUCUUCAGCCGGUACGGCAAGAUCGAGUCCACCCGGGUGUUGACGCACAAGAACUGUGGUUUUGUCAACUUCGAGCGCAUCGAGAGCGCCGUUCAAGCGAAGUCGAUGCUCAACGGCACCGAGAUUUUCCCGGGAGCAGGACCGGUUCGCAUUGGCUACGCCAAAGUCCCCGGCACCUCGGCGACUGGCACCCCUGGAGCUAACGGACUGCAAUCUUCCCCCACUCCGGACUCCAGCGCCAAAAUGACUGCCGCUGACGGAGUGGAAAGAUCGGAUGACGGAGCUAGUGUUCCUCAUAUCCCCCCGCUUCCCGAACUUCAGCCCGAGAUGACGCAGAUCGUCAAGGAAUUUGGCGCCAACGAUGAAGAGACAUUGAACAUCAACGCUAGCAUUCAACAGGCAAUCGCUUUCCAGGCUUUUGAAGAUGAAAUCCCUCCGAUCCCCGAACCCAGCCAGACCAGAAUGUUUGAUGCUCCCCGUCUUCGCGAUAUCCGAAAGAGGAUUGAUAACGGGGCGUGUACCGCCCAGGAAAUUGAGGAGACCGCGGUUGCGAUGCUCCCUGAAAUCGCGGAACUCGCUUCAGAUUACCUCGGAAACACCGUUGUUCAGAAGCUUUUCGAAUACUGUUCGGAGCCCACGAAAGAACAAAUGCUUGUGCCAAUUGUGCCUCAUCUCGCCGAGAUUGGUGUGCACAAGAAUGGCACCUGGGCGGCCCAGAAGAUCAUCGACGUUGCUCAAACGCCUACUCAGAAGAAAAUGAUUGUCGACGCGCUUCGUCCCUAUACCGUUCCCCUGUUCCUUGAUCAGUACGGAAAUUAUGUUCUGCAGUGCUGCCUGCGUUUCGGUCAUUCCUUCAACGAUUUCAUCUUCGAGACCAUGUUGAGCCGAAUGUGGGAAGUCUCCCAGGGAAGAUUUGGGGCUCGUGCCAUGAGAGCCUGUUUGGAAAGUCAUCAUGCGACCAAAGAUCAGCAGCGCAUGCUUGCAGCUGCUAUUGCUCUUCACAGUGUUCAGCUUGCGACGAAUGCCAAUGGAGCCCUGUUGCUCACCUGGUUCCUGGACACCUGCACGUUCCCGCGACGUCGAACCGUGCUUGCGCCGAGACUCGUGCCUCACUUGGUGCACCUGUGCACCCACAAGGUUGCUUAUUUGACCGUGCUCAAAGUCAUCAACCAGCGCAACGAGCCUGAUGCCCGCGAGGUUGUACUGAAGGCUUUGUUCUUCAGCCCGGGUGACGAGGUACUGGAGAAGAUCUUGAGUGACCAGACCUCUGGAGCAACUUUGAUCUUCAAGGUUUUGACCACGCCAUUUUUCGACGAGUCCAUGCGCGCGGAGGUCGUGAAGAACGUUUCCAAGGUGCUCACCAAAUUGAAGGCCACUCCUAGCCAAGGGUACAAGCGUCUGAUGGACGAAGUUGGUUUAUCCUCUCGUGGAGGUGCCCGAGACAACCACCAUUCACGGGAUCACGGCGCCAAUGCGGAGAAGCAGCAGCAUCGUCCCACGUCCCGACAGGCAGCCUCCAACUAUCCCCAGCAACCGGCCAUGGAUAGGCAGUUCAACGGACAAUUCCCCCCCAGCAUGCUUGCGCAGAACUUGGAUCCUACUAGGCCCUUAGCUUCGGAGCAGCCACACACUGCUUCGCCGUUUGAUCCUUACUCCGUCAACGGAGUGAAUGGCCUUAACUCCCUCAAUGGGAUAGGAGGCCUGUCUGGCGCUGGCUUCGGCCAGGAUCCUUUGGCGCCGCAGCAGCAAGCUCAGUACCAGGCUUAUCUGGCCGCGCAAACUCGCGGUGUCUCUCCCGGUGGUCUGUACCCAAGCCUGGGCAACUCCAGCUUUGGAUACCCCGGCGGAUCGCCUUCCGUUGACACUCUUCGCGGAAUUCAACCCCCAGGCGCUCCCCUGUCCGGAGCUGCCCCCGGGUCCAUGCUCAACCAGCCGGGCUUUGCCCCCCAGCAGUUCAGCCCAGUCAUGGGAGGGAACCAGAUGUAUCAGUAUCCUCCACAGUUCGGUUACCAGGCGCAGCAAGCACCGGGACAGUCCGCCGGAGGACGACGUGCACGGGUAAGCAAUUUCAUUACUUGA